AUGGGGGAAGAAGGCGGCGGCCGCAGCUGUGGGACCACUAGGGAGCUGCAGAAGCUGAAGCAGCAGGCGAUGAAGUACUACCAGCAGAACGACGUUCCGCGCAGGCUGGAAGAGCUGCUAAACUCCACCUUCUACCUCCAGCCUGAUGAUGUCUACGGGCACCUGGCAAACUGCUUUUCUAAACUUGCAAAGCCUCCCACCAUAUGCAAAGUAGUGGGGAAAAACGUGCUGGAUGGACUGGGCCUUCCAACCCUACAAGUGGAAAUAUUCUGCACCAGUCAAAAUUUUCCCAAGAACAUAUGUUCUGUGGUGAUCUCAUCUCACUUUGAAGUACACGAGAACGCUUUGCCUGAGCUAGUGGAAGCGGAGGAAUUGGAAAGGAAUGACGCCAUCAGCACUGCUGUGCAGUGGGUCAACGAGGCGAUCACUGCGGAGCUUCAGGGCAUCGAACCUUCCAACCAGGCUGAAGUGGAUCAGUUGCUCAGGACAUUCUUUGCAAAUAAAGUGAAAGAAGAUCAGGAGAGAAAAGAAUUGGAAAAUAUAGUGGAAGACUUAACAGUGCCUAUACCUUUACCUAUAGUACCACCAACACUUCCUCCACCUCCUGCAAAAAAGAAAGGACAAAAGCAAGGAAGGAAGGAUACUCUUCUAGAGAAACCUAUCCCACCUGAAGAACCUGCUGAACCUAUUCUCUGUGGCAGCAUGGCCAUAGGGGCCGUUUCAUUAGCCGUUGCAAAAACCAGUGCCAUACUGGGCAAUAAUCCUCUGUAUUUAAAUAUGGCAUUACUGAAGCACAAUCAGGAACAGCCAAAAAAGCUAACUGUACCUUUGCUGAUGGUGUCUCUGGCCAGCUGUGGGAAAUCAUCUCCUGGGAAGCUGAAUUUAAUGAAAGAAGUGAUUUGUAUCCCCCAUCCUGGAUUAAGCACCAAACAAGGUGUGGAGAUGCUUCUGGAAAUUCAGAAACAUGUAAACAAAACUAUUGAAACGCCCCCUCCUCCAAAGACAGAGACGAAAAAAGGGCAUAAUGGAGGCAAAAGGGGUCAACAGCAGAUCACUGGUAAGAUGUCCCAUCUUGGCUGUUUAACCAUUAGCUUUGACACCAUAGAGCAGCCCAUCCUCCUAAUACAAGGAAUCUGUGCAAACCUGGGGCUGGAACUGGGAACAAAUCUGCAUCUAGCCAUCAACUGUGCUGCACAUGAGCUGAUGGACUUUAGUAAAGGGAAGUAUGAAGUGAUGAUGGGAACGUUAAAAAGUGCAGCUGAGAUGGUUGACCUGUAUGUGGAUCUGAUCAACAAACACCCUUCAAUUAUUGCCUUAAUUGAUCCUUUCAGGAAGGAGGACUUGGAACAGUGGGACAGCAUCUAUAAUGCGCUUGGUUCCAGGUGUUACAUAAUUGCAGGAACUGCAUCCAAAAGCAUCUCUAAGCUUCUAGAGGAUGGAAAUAUCAGCAUCCCCAGAGCCAGCGGGCUGAUCAUAAAACACACAAAUCAAACGACAAUGUCUGAUUUGGUGGAAAUAACCAAUCUCAUUGACAGUAAGAAGCACAUUGCUGUCUUUGGAAGUACAGAAGGAGAGUCGGCUGAUGAUAGCCUUGUCGAUUUGGCUGUUGGACUGGGUGUCCGGUUUAUCAAGCUGGGAGGUCUUUCUCGCGGCGAACGGGUGACUAAAUACAACCGCCUUUUUACUAUAGAGGAAGAACUUGUCCAGAAUGGAACACUGGGUUUCAAUGAAGAACACAACUUUUUUUACUUUAACGAGGAAGCCGAAAUGGCUGCCGAAGCACUGGAGGCUGCUGCCGCCGAGGCUGGGGAACAGCCCGAGCCCCCGGAGCCCGUCUUCCCCACGGAAGUUGUACAGGAAUCAGCCAACGCAUGA